CCAACUACCACCUCUCUUCUUAAGACCCGUUCUUCACCCUUCUCUCCUCCUCAGACACUGGUCUCCACCUCUCCUGCUUUCUCCUACUCCCCUCCUUCGGGUUCUCGUCUUAUUGUGUUCAUCAGCGAUGGGAUCGGAGACGGUGAUGGUGGACCAAGUCCCAUUCGCUCCUGAGAUCACGGUCACCAAACCAUUAAGCCUCCUGGGCUAUGGCGUCACCGACAUCGAGAUUCAUUUUCUACAGAUCAAGUAUAACGCGAUUGGGAUCUACAUGGAGAAGGAGAUCAUUCAGCAUUUAGCGGAUUGGAAGGGCAAAAAGGGAUCCGAGCUAGCCGAAGAUGAUGUCUUCUUUGAUGCUGUCGUUUCAGCUCCAGUCGAAAAAUACUUCAGAAUCGUGGUGAUUAAGGAGAUCAAAGGUUCCCAGUACGGUGUGCAACUCGAGAGCGCUGUGAGAGACAGAUUGGCAGCCAUCGACAAGUACGAAGAGGAAGAAGAGGAAGCACUCGAAAAGGUCACCGAGUUUUUCCAGAAGAAGUACUUCAAGAAGGAUUCUCUGAUAACGUUUCAUUUCCCUGCAGCUUCUCGCACUGCUGAGAUAUCCUUUGCGACGGAGGGAAAGGAGGAAGCGAAGGUGAAGGUGGAGAAUCCAAACGUGGCUGAGAUGAUCCAGAAAUGGUACUUGGGUGGGACUAGGUCGGUGUCUCCAACCACUGUGAAGAGCUUGGCUGACAACCUUGGGACGAUGCUCGCUCAGUAGCUCUUUGGGUGACUAGUUUCUCGUAUGGGCAAGAACAAUAAUCGUGAAAUUUCGUACCAAGCGAUGUACCGCGUGAGGUUUCAUCCAUGUUGCAUGCGACAUCUUGUUUCCCGUACCAAAAGGAUGAACACUUUUAGCGGAUAUUUGUAGGGUUUGAUUUGGAUCACUUGUCUGAAAUAAACUGCAGUAAGUAUUAAAGUA